AUGCAGGCUAAGUGGAUGACAGAAGACGACAUUAUCGAUGAAUGCAAAACAUUCUACUUUGCAGGACAUGAAACAACUACUUCUUUACUUUCAUGGACCAUGCUUCUUCUAGCCACCCAUCAAGAAUGGCAACACAAAGCCAGAGAAGAAGUUCUCCAAAUUUUCGGCCAAAACAAUCCAAACUCAGCAGGAAUUCCAAGACUAAAGAUUAUGAACAUGAUUAUAGAGGAAUCCUUGAGACUAUACCCGCCAAUUCCUAAUAUAAAACGAAGAGUCACUAAAGAAGUUCGACUUGGAAACAUGAUUCUCCCGCCUAAACUCGAGUUAUACAUAUCCCCACUUGCACUUCACCAUGAUCCCAAUAUCUGGGGUGAAGAUGUUCACCAGUUCAAGCCAGAGAGGUUCGCUAAAGGAGUCGCGAAUGCUACUAUCACCAAAACUCAGGCUGCAUUUUUGCCUUUUGGAUUUGGACCAAGGACUUGUGUUGGCUUGAACUUUGCUAUUGUUGAAUCAAAAAUUGCUCUCGCCAUGAUUUUACAACGUUUUGUGUUCACUCUGUCUCCUACUUACGUUCACUUGCCCGUUCAGAUUUUUUCGAUUAGGCCUCUGCAUGGAAUUCAUAUUGUUCUUCAGACGGUUUGA